GUAUUGGCUGUUUUCGGCGCUGUGCUGGCGCUUUGUUACUUCAGGCUUGCGCAGCCCGCAGACUUCGUGGCAUUGCCAGAAGAGUCGACGUCUUCCAAAGGUGCCUUUGGAAGAAGGCAAGCCGCACUAGUGAGUUCUCUGACUGGCUUGAUGGCUCCCGGCGCCCCAGCCGUUGCCGCAGGCGGCGAUGUCGUAGUGCUGAAGAAUGGCCUGAAAUUCCCCAAAGCAUCCUUCGGAUUGCAGAUCUAUGGCGAUGACGUGGCGCAGCAGUUGACGCAGACCUCCUUAUCCCUUGGCUACCGGAACUUCUUUGCGUCAGUGCUAGCAGGCAACCAGAGAGGCUUCGCCAAAGGCUUUCAAGCGUCUGGCGUUCCACGGGAAGACGUUUUCAUCUGCGGAUCUGUUGUGAGCAACCGUGCCAAAGGCUACAAGGCAGCGUACAAAGCUACGAAGAAAGGAUGCGAGGAGAAUUUGGAAGCCUUCAAAGUUGGUGGCAUCACGUAUGUCGACAUGAUCAUGCUGGACUACCCAGGACCCAACUGCGAUUCCAUCAAAGGCCAGUGGCAAGCCUUCGAGGAGAUGUUGGCGGCGGGGCAGACCAAGAGUUUGGCUGUCAGCAACUUUUCGCCUGAACAGCUGGACUGCUUGCUGUCCAACUCCUCCGCAACCCCACCAGUGGUCAACCAGCUUCCGUUUUCAAUCAGCUACGCGGAGCCCAACAUCCUCGAGGAAAAUGCCAAACGGGACGUGGUUGUCCAGGCAUGGGCUCCUUUGGGUGGUUCCACUGGAGGCAUUUCCAAGCCUGCACGAAGAGCCUGCGAGGAGAUCGGCAAGAAGUACGGCAAAUCCUGGGCUCAAGUGGCUUUGCGGUGGAUUGUUGACAAAGGGGCGACAUUUUCCACCCAGACGCGCUCCACGGAGCACUUCAAGGAAGACAUCGACAUCUUCAGCUUCAAGCUAUCCCCGGAUGACCUGGCACAGCUAGAGAAGUUUGCUUAG